UGUCGCUUUCGAGUCUGAUACUCUUCGUGCGGGAGCGUGCCCGAUUCGGAGAAGAAGGAAGCCGUUACAGGACAAAUCGAAAUGUCACCGGAUAAUAGUCACCGAUGCGCUCACUAUCUCUGAGCUACGUGUCGUUUACAUGGCAUGCACUGGUGCCACCUUGCGCUGCAUUCGUCCCUCCUUUGCUGGGCUAUUAUAUAACACCAAUUACUUUCGCUCUUCGCAGCAUUCACGUCACUUCGUUCCUGUUCCUUCUGUUUCUAAUUCAUGGAUCUCAUUCACACUUUCCUCAACCUCGUUGCUCCACCGUUCACCUUCUUUUCUCUCGCCCUCUUAUUACCCGCAUACUGGGCUCUCAAGUUCUUUCUCUGCACCUUAAACUCCAUCUUUGCCGAGAAUCCCGCCGGCAAAGUUGUCCUCAUUACCGGUGCUUCCUCCGGCAUCGGGGAGUAUUUGGCGUACGAGUACGGUAAAAGAGGUGCUCGUUUAGCCCUCUCUGCUCGGAGGGAGAAUGCACUGGGGGAAGUUGCUGAUAGAGCGCGAGAUUGUGGAUCUCCUGAUGUUAUUAUAAUAAGCGCAGAUGUUUCCAAGGUCGAAGAUUGUUCCAGAAUGGUCGACGAAACCGUGUCUCAUUUUGGAAGAUUGGAUCACUUGGUCAAUAAUGCGGCUAUUACCACUUCCAACUUAUUCCAAGAAGUUAAUGAUAUCACCAACUUGAGACCCAUAAUGGAGACAAACUUCUGGGGUUCAGUGUACACAACUCGUUUUGCUCUGCCACAUCUGAAAAACAGCAAAGGCAAGAUCGUAGUAAUGUCAAGUGUUGAUGCUUGGAUGCCAGCACCCAGAAGAAACGUGUAUAGUGCAAGCAAAGCGGCUCUAAUUUCCAUGUACGAGACACUGAGAGUGGAAGUUGGGUCUGAAAUAGGCAUAACAAUAGUAACCCCAGGCUACAUUGAGUCUGAAAUAACCAAAGGCAAGUACCUGAUGGGCGAUGGCAGGGUGGAGGUAGAUCAAGAUCUAAGAGAUGUUGAAGUGAGCGCAGUGGCAGUGGGAUCAGCAAGUGGGUGUGCAAGAGAAAUUGUGAAGAGUGUGGCGAGGGGAGAUAGGUAUUUGACGGUGCCAUCAUGGUUCAGAGUGACGUGCUUGGUGAAGGCAUUGUGCCCAGAACUGGUGGAAUGGGGCCUCAGGUUCAUGUAUAUGAGUGGGGAUUCGACCAUGGAAGCGUAUAGCAAGAAGAUUCUGGAUGCUUCUAGAGCCAAGAAUGUGUUGUAUCCUUCUUCCAUCCAAACUCCUGACGUCAAGACCGAUUGAAAUCCAAUGCAACUUUGUGCCUACCACUUUGAUCAUGUUUUCCCCCCCGCCCUUUUUUUUAAGUGCCUUCAUGUGUUUUGUGUUAUGAAUUUCAUACAGAUCUUGUUACUAUUUCAUGAACAUGUAACAAGAGAGUUUACUUUUUAAAUGUUUUUUAAAGGAAUGAGUAGAUUUUAUCAACA